UGAAAUCACCCCCUGGACAAAUCACACGAGCCUGUCAACCUCACCAGGUGGGAUUACUUGUAGCUAAUAGCCCCAACUCCCCGAGCAAACAGAGCUCUGCGCUCCCCGUAAGGAAAAGGCGAGGGUGCGCGCAGGCUUUUCAAGCAGGCUCUGGCAUGGCUGGGGAGGGCUGCGUCCGCCCGCGCCAGGUUAUAUCUUUAUUUGCUUUUGCCUUUGGAGUAAAUGUCUGCAUGGGAUUUACAGCAAAUCGAUUUAGGAGAUCUGAAGAAUGGGAUGAGGGCCCGGUCUCAGUCCUGUCAGAUUCCCCCUGGAUCAAUACCUCUGGCUCCUGCAAAAACAGAUGCUUUGAACUUCAAGAGGCAGAGCCUCCUGGCUGCCGCUGUGACAACCUGUGCAAGAGCUACAACAGCUGCUGCUUGGACUUUGAUGAGCUGUGCUUAAAGACAGCUCGGGGCUGGGAAUGUACCAAAGAUCGCUGUGGAGAAACCAGGAAUGAUGACAAUGCAUGUCACUGCUCUGAAGACUGCUUAAGUAGAGGAGAUUGUUGUACUAAUUAUCAAGUCGUUUGCAAAGGAGAAACCCACUGGGUGGAUGAUGACUGUGAAGACAUAAGGGCUCCUGAAUGUCCAGCAGGCUUUGUCCGUCCCCCUUUGAUCAUCUUCUCUGUUGACGGUUUCCGUGCAUCAUAUAUGAAGAAGGGGAACAAGGUCAUGCCCAAUAUUGAAAAACUCAGAUCUUGUGGAACACAUUCUCCUUACAUGAGACCCGUCUACCCUACGAAAACCUUCCCUAACUUGUACACUCUUGCUACUGGACUCUAUCCUGAAUCACAUGGAAUUGUUGGCAAUUCAAUGUAUGACCCAGUGUUUGAUGCCAGCUUCAGUCUUCGAGGGCGAGAGAAAUUCAAUCACAGAUGGUGGGGAGGUCAACCAAUUUGGAUUACUGCAGCCAAGCAAGGGGUGAAAGCUGGCACGUUCUUCUGGUCUGUUGUCAUCCCCCAUGAGCGCAGAAUAUUAACAAUACUGCAGUGGCUAACCCUUCCAGACAAUGAAAGGCCUUAUGUUUAUGCUUUCUACUCUGAGCAACCAGAUGCUGCUGGCCACAGAUAUGGUCCUUUCAACUCGGAGGUUG